AUGGCUGGUAUGCUUCCCGGAGUUGAGUGCGCGAGGAGGCGGCGCUUCUACGGCGGUGCUCCACCUGUUGAAUUAUCCAACAUGGCUUCUGGGAAGGCGGCGACGGGACAAGUCUGGACUCGGCGACCAUCGUUCUCUCUCUACACUACCAAUCACGAGAGCCACCAAGCUCAUGUUUCCUUCUCGGAAAGAAAUGUUCGGAACACAUCUUACGGUGAUGAUAACAAUGAGAAGCUCGUAGGAGCAGCUCAAGAGGCGAAGGAGAGGUUAGACGAGCGGCUGAGAAACACGCGAAGAAGGCAAAAUAGUAAAGACAAAGUGAGUAAACUGGAGCAAGGGAGAGGUAAAAAUCAUGGUGAGUUACCGACGGAGGUGGUCAGGUUAAAGAAGAGGCGAGGAAGGCUGGUCGAGUGGUUCAGGUGGCGAGUAAGGGAACAACAAGACUGUGCUAUCUGUCUUGACCGGUUUAAGACGGAGGUCACGGAGGACACAUGUAAAAACUACCAAGACAUGACGUGA